AUGAUAGUGGCGGACCAAGUUUCGAGGCUCAAACGGGCCGUUUUGCACUCGGAUAUGCGCACUUUCAAUCAGCUCGUCAAUCGCAACAGUUAGCCGCCCACUUUUGCUCGAAUAUUGUUAAUUUUCGUUACAGGCGAUCAUCAAUUUCUGCAAAACGUGUUCCGAAUGCGGUCCCUGACGGUUUUGUCGGGUGUACACUCACAUGGUUACCAUUUGGAAGCGAUUCUGAGGGCCGACAACAAGUUUUUCACAAUGCAAUUGGGACUCGACAGCCGUAGUCCCACUGGAUAUGUGAUCAAUGCGGCCGAAGAGGCGAUGAGUGAAGCGGCGCGGCGAUUUUCAAAAGAUUAA